GGGGUCGUGCCGGACCCUCCCGCCGUCCCGCUGCAGGUGCAGGUCCAAGGCCUCACACGGCACCGGUGGGAGCAGCCCCAAUUUUUCCUUCUUGGGACAGCGUGACUGCCGCGUAACUCAGGGACGGGGCAGAAUUGGGGCUGUCACCUGUCCCGCGAAACUUAAUCCCUGGGUGCGGCGAGAGCUGAGCUGUGACAGCCCGUCCCAGGGGGAGCCCAGCCGGCUUCCACUUGUGUGCUGUGAAGGAAAGAAGAAGGGCCUGGGCUCGAGUAUCGCAGCAGCGUUUCCCAGCAGGAGGAAGGGGAGAGGAAGCUUCUGGCUGGGGAAGAACUGGAGAUGCCACUGACGGAGGAAGAGACAAAGCGGCUGCUGGAGCCGGCAGCCAGCCCACCCAACAAGGUGCUGAACGGAGCGGAGCAGAGCUACCACAACCUCCCGUCAGCCCGCACCGAUGAGCAGGCCAUGCUGUCCUCCAUCCUUGCCAAAACAGCCAUCAACAUCAUCGACGUGUCGGCAGCAGAUUCCCAGGGCAUGGAGCAGCAUGAGUACAUGGACAGAGCCAGGCAGUACAGCACACGCCUGGCCAUGCUCAGCAACAACCUGACGCACUGGAAGAAGCUCCCACUGCUGCCAUCUCUGACUAACCAACCGCACCAAGUGCUCGCCAGCGACCCUGUCCCCUUUGCAGACCUGCAGCAGGUGUCCCGGAUAGCUGCCUAUGCCUUCAGUGCGCUCUCACAGAUCCGUGUCGACGCCAAAGAAGAACUGGUUGUACAGUUUGGCAUCCCCUGAACCUGCCCCCACCACUGCUGCUUCAGCGCUUUGGGUUGUUUUCGGUUUUUUCCUGAUUUUUUUCUCUUUAUAUCCCUUCCCUCCCCAUGCUGCUGCCACAGAACUUGGACAGAUACCCUGUUUCCUACUAAAUGCCAAGGCGCCCAUCAUUGGCACGUUGAGCCCACCUGCAUUGCUUGAGGCUUUCUUCUCCUCAUGGGUGGGUGGGUGGGUGUGUGUGGGGAGCAGGCUGUGUCAGCUGGAUGCUGCCUUGCACAGGAACAAGCACAAAGGGAACAGCCGGUGCAAGGAGGCCCUGGUGUGGGUCAGCACCAUAUGCCAGGACACCAGGACGGGUGGGCUGGAGCCAGGCAGAUGUGAUGCUCUGCGUGGGGCCUGGUGGCUCCAACACCAUCCCUUCUCCUUUUUACAUGUUUAGACCUUUAUUUUGGUUGUUUGUUUUUUGGUUUUGUUCUUUUUUUUUUUAAUUAUUAUUUUUUGCCACAGUAGAUAAAGCCACGUUCAUCCAG